AUGUUUUCCUUUUCCUUAUUGACACCGGGGAAGGAUGAUGAUUCAUUCAAAGCAUCAUUAUUAACUUUUGAUAAUGAGUUUAAAAUUUUAGCUGAUCCAUAUUGGAAUGGUCAAGAUUCAAAUAUUGUCACAUUUUUGGAGAUUGAAUUGCAAAAAGUUAAUGCAAUAUUAUUAUCUCAUUCAACUGAACAAUUCCUAAGUGGAUUUAUAUUAUUAUGUAUAAAGUUUCCAAAUUUAUUAUCUAACAUACCGAUAUAUUCGACAUUGCCUGUUAAUCAAUUAGGUAGAGUUUCUACAGUUGAAUAUUAUAGAAGUCAUGGAAUUCUAGGUCCAAUUUCAACGAGUUUUUUAGAAUUAGAUGAAAUUGAUAAUUGGUUCGACAAAGUUAAAAUUUUAAAGUAUCAACAACUGCAGAGUCUUUUUGAUAAUAAAGUAACAAUCACUCCUUAUAAUGCUGGACAUUCAUUAGGUGGUACUUUUUGGUUAAUUAAUAAACGAAUAAAUCGUAUUAUAUACGCACCAAAUUGGAAUCAUUCAAAGGAUUCAUUUUUAAAUAGUGCUUCAUUCAUAUCUUCAAGCACUGGGAAUCCACAUUUAUCAUUAUUAAGACCAACUGCAUUUAUUACGAGUUCAGAUUUAGGUUCAACAAUUUCACAAAAGAAGAGAAUUGAAAAAUUUUUAACAUUGGUGGAUGCUACUUUGGCAAAUGGAGGUUGUGUAUUAUUACCUACUAGUCUAAGUGGUAGGUUCUUGGAAAUAUUUCAUAUAAUAGAUGAAAGAUUGAAAGGUGCUCCUAUACCUGUUUAUUUUUUAUCUUAUUCAGGUACAAAGACAUUAUCUUAUGCUUCAAAUUUAGUUGAUUGGAUGUCUAAUAAAUUUAUAAAAGAAUGGGAAGAAACUUCAACUUCUCCAUUUAAUCCAUCUAAAGUGGAUUUAUUAUUAGAUACUAAUCAAUUGGCUCAGUUACAAGGUUCAAAAAUUGUAUUUUGUUCAGGUGUAGAUUUUGAUACUGGUGAUAUAUCAUGUAAAGUAUUACAAAAUUUAUGUAAUGAUGAAAAAACAACAAUUAUAUUGACAGAAAAAUCUAGAGUUAAUGAAAGUUUAAGUUCAAAAUUGUACAAUGAAUGGUAUGAAUAUGUAAGUAAACAAAAUGGAGGAAAAGUUGAAAAUGGGAUAGCUAUACCAAUGGAGAAGACUUUUGAGGUACAAAAUUUCACAGAGGAGAAUUUAACAGGUAAUGAAUUAAUAGAAUUUCAGAAUAAAGUAACUACUAAAAGGAAAGAGAAAUUAUUGGCAAAAGUAAGAGAUCAAAAGAAUUUAAAUUUGUUAAAUGCUGAUACUGUUGAUGCUGAAGAUUCAUCUGAUGAUGAUGAAGAAGAAGAUGAAGAGGAUGAGAUAGUGAAUGGAAAUGCAACUGAGAACAAUGAUGCUACUGUUGCUAAAAAUGAAUUUCAAGUUGAUGAAUUGGCAUCUCAUGAAGCUUUUAUAAUGGAUCGUAUUAAAACAUGUAUGGAAAAUCAUUUACCAAUAGAUAUUAAAAUCACACAUAGGUUGAAACCAAGGCAUGCUAUAUUUCCAUUAUUAAAUUCAAAAGCUAAGAAAUUUGACGAUUAUGGAGAAAUAAUAGAUAUAAAAGCAUUUGAAAAGAAUGAUGAAUUUUCAACCACUCAAAUUAUAAAUGAAGGUAAGAAGAAAUUUGAAAGUAGUAAAUCAAAAACACAAGGUAAGAAAGGUAAUGAAUCAAAAUUGACACCACAAGAACAAAUAAAUCAACAAAUUUUAACUAAAUAUCUUGACGUUUUGGAAAAUCCAGUAAAGAGAAAUACAACAAGUUUUUCAUUAAAGAUGAGAUGUGCUUUAUCAUUUAUCGAUUUUUCAGGAUUAGUUGAUUUAAGAUCAUUAGGUAUAAUUGUCCAAUCAUUAAAACCAUACAAUUUAAUAAUCAUACCAGAUAAAAAUAACAUUGAAAAUGGUUUGGUUCAAGUAGAAUCAUUCUUCAAAAAACAACAAGAUGAAGCAGAAUUGGAACAAUCUAAAAAGAAUUUAAUGCAAUCUACAAGAUAUUUAAGCUUAUCUACAAUCAGAGAUGGUUUGUCAAGUGCAUUUUCACCUUAUUCGAAUAAUAAAAUGAAUGUAUUAGUAGUUCACAAUAUUGAAGUGAUCAGUAUUGGUACAGAAUCAGAAUAUGGCUCAAUCGGGUUAAAUAAUUUUGAAGUGAAUCUCGAUGAUGAAGUUGUAAAAUCAUUAAAAUGGCAAAAGAUCGGUUCAAAUUAUAAAAUUGCUAAGAUAUAUGGCGAGUUAGAAGUACUGAAUCAAGAUCAAGAACAUAAAUAUCCUGAAAAAGUAUCAGAUGUACUUAAUUCCCAAACUCAUUUCAGUUUAAAGAAAGUUGAUCCAGAUUCAACAAUUCAAAAGAGAAAACAAUUCAUGAAGACUUUAAAACAAUCAAAAUUAGUAUUAUCUACUGCUCCUAAACUUGCAAUUGGUAAUAUUAAAUUAACUGAACUUAAAAAGAAAUUACAAGCUGAGAAUUUAAAUGCUGAAUUUAAAGGUGAAGGUGUUUUAGUAGUUAAUGAUAGAUUAGCAAUUAGAAAAAUUGCAUAUGGUAUUGUGGAUAAUGAUGAUAGUGGUGAUGUAGUUAUUGAUGGGUCAGUAGGACCUUUAUUUUAUAAAGUAAAAGAAAUGAUUAGAGAAAUGUUAGCAUAUUUAUAA